ACAAGAUUUGGCAAAGCAAACAUGCUCGCCGAACUCGAGCAGCGCGCUCAGACGUGGAAGGUGCAGUGGGCCUCCGAGAUCCUCCCCGGUCUCUGGCUCGGCAGCGGCAACGCAGCCUCCAAGCUCGAGACACUGCAGCGCCAUCGCAUCACCCAUAUACUCAACGUCGCGGACGACGUGCCCAACUUCCAUCCGAGCGCGUUCACAUACGGCAACCUCGGCGUCACAGACUUUGGUCAGGACGUUGGCAUCCGUCGCGUCUUCCCGACAGCAUUCGCUUUCCUCGACGACGCCUUGGCGCGAGACGACGGACGCGUCUUGGUGCACUGCGCAGCGGGGGCAAAUCGGUCUGCCACCGUCGUCCUUGCCUACCUCAUGCACGCCAAGAAGAUGGCGCUGGCCGAUGCGUGGGCCCAUGUACGCAGCCGCCGCCGGGGCAUCUGCCCGCUCCGAGACAACCGCAAGGAGCUCAUGGCGUUUGAGCUCGAGCUAUUCGGAUGCUACUCGUUCCAGUCGCUCGACGCCUUUCUUGAACUGCGGUGACUUGAGCGUUAUCUGGCGAAGGCAUUUGUCACCCAUUCUUGCUUCUUGGACUCUCCAGCGUCAGUACGAGCCUGUGGACGAGCUCGGGCAUCAUCUUGACGGAUCAUAAGAUCGUACAUUAGAACUUGGAAUAAAUAUUGGCGCCUGAAGCGACACUCAGGAAGAAAAGAGCGACGGGCCCUCAAAGCUAAAGCCGUGGAAGCGGUCAAAGGAGUGAUGCGUUG